UAUGCUUCAGGAAUACCCAUAAUACCAUUUUAGCUAUCGAGGCAAUCGACCUAAUUUCCCUCGCAUCGCUGCUGACAACACAAGGCAUUUCUUCGUUCGCAAAAUUUGGUCACACUUUGUUUAGCUGUAAAAUGGAAAAAUAAUCAUAAAUAAAAAUAAGCAACUAUAGACGCUCUUUAAACAAUAAAAAACGCAACAAAACACACGCACACAUGCUCAAGCGCAUUCUCACACGGCGAUUUACUGCAUGCGAGUGAAGAGUGCAGAAAGGAAAAGCAAACCAAACAUACACCAAAAUCAUCAGAAGACGAAUUGGGAGUUGAGUUUGCCAUGUCAGCUCCACUUUCGCGCAACGUGCCGUAUUUAAAGCAGCAGCUCACAGCGUUGCUGCACAACACAUCGCCGGUGAUAACGUUGAUCUGUCUGGUGACUACUUUUGGCUAUCUGCUCUCCUACUCGGAGACCGCGGUCCUGCUGCUGAGCGUAACGCCUGGCUACAUUCUGCCCAAUGGCAAGUUCUGGAUAUGGACAGCGUUCACGUUCUGCUUCAUCGAACUGCACUGGUGGGAGGUGAUUGUUGAUGUUAUCACUGUGGGACUAUGCGGCAAAAUGCUGGAACCCCUUUGGGGUCAGUAUGAGAUGUUCAAGUUCUUUGCGCUGAGCAAUUUUGGUGUCUCGCUGGUGACAUCGAUUUACUAUUUAUUCUACUAUAUGGUGACGAAGAACCCAACCAUUUUGUUCGAUGUCCAUAUUCAUGGUCUCGCUGGCUAUGUCGCUGGCAUUUGUGUUGCUGUGCGCCAGAUAAUGCCCGAUCAUUUGAUCUUCAAGACACGCUACGGGCGUUUAACCAAUCGCAAUGUGCCACUUACGGUGCUCAUCUCUGCCAUCAUUGGCUGGGCCAUUGGCAUGCUGGACGGCACUUAUCCUGCCAUGUUUGCCUCUGGCGCAAUUGUGUCUUGGAUCUAUUUGCGUUUUUAUCAGCAUCAUCCCAAUGGACGAGGCGACAGCUCGGAGAGCUUUACGUUCGUCAGCUUCUUUCCGAAUGUCACGCAGCCAUUCAUCAGCAUUCUGGUGAACCCAAUUUAUAGGUGCUGUUUGCGUGCGGGCGUCGUUAAGACGCCAACGCCAUUGCGUAGCAUUUCAACGGCCAGCUUAACUUCGGUCUCUGUGCAAAUGCCGGGCGUGGAUCCACAUGAUAUUGAGCGAAGACGACAAAUUGCUCUCAAGGCUCUGAGUGAGCGACUUAAGGCCACGGAUUCCACGCGACAUGCGCAGCUACCCAAAUCGUUUCCUCAACAGCAGCAACAACAUCAACAUCACCAUCAUCAGCAGCAGCACAAGCAUCACAGUCAUGGAACGGGACACAGUCAUGCGGCUGGUCACAGUCAUGGCUCUGGCCACAGUCAUGCAGGUGGCCAUAGUCAUGGUCAUGGAGCUGGACACAGUCAUGGAGCGGCGCAGGCACCGCAGCCAGAUUUUGUUAAGCCAAGCAGCAGUAGCAGUGCGACGCAGCCUAUUACAACGGCGCGAUCUGAGCCGCGAAUGAUCAGUACGAUGAGCCAAAUUGCAAUACCGAUGCCGGCGCCGCCGCCCAAAGAACAGACGAAUCGUGAGCAGGGGACAGAGGGAAAUACGGCGAAUGCUGCGACGCUCAUCGAUUUGAAUGACGAGUCAGAAGCCUAGAAUGUGUGUGUUUAACUUUUUUAAUUUGAACGUAAAUGAAUUUCUUUCGAUAUUUAAAUGAUCUGCUUAUGAUUAUUUCGUGUAUAACUGCAACAAGUGCGCUCUUAACUAAUUGUAUUUCCAUGCCUAUGCUUAAACCAUAACAACACAUGCAUACAUAUGUACGUGUAGUCUUCUAAUUUGCUUGCGGCCAGACUACGCCCUUGUUGCAUGCCCACAUGCUGCAGUCGAAAGUGAAUGCGAAAACAAGAAAAACCUUCCAUCAACAUAAAAAAUAGCGCCUAUUGUAGUUGAUACAUACUAUAUAUACAUGCAUACUUUUUGUUGUAGUCUUUACAUGUA